AUGAGCCAGACGGAGCUGCCGACCUGCGCGGCGCCGCCGCCCGCGCCGCCCGCGCCCCAGGCCGCCGCGGCCGCGGGGGUCGCCCCGCCGACGGCCAGCCAGCGCGUCUUCCAGGAGGCGGUGCGCCAAGGCAACACGCGGCAGCUGCAGGCGCUGCUGCAGAACAUGACCAGCUGCGAGUUCAACGUGAACUCCUUCGGGCCCGAGGGCCAGACGGCGCUGCACCAGUCCGUCAUCGACGGCAACCUGGAGCUGGUCAAGCUCCUGGUCAAGUUCGGCGCCGACAUCCGCCUGGCGAACCGCGACGGCUGGAGCGCGCUGCACAUCGCCGCCUUCGGGGGCCACCAGGACAUCGUGCUCUACCUGAUCACCAAGGCCAAGUACUCGUCGGGCGGGCGCGGCUGAGCCUCCCCACGCGCCGCCGG